AUGAAUAGUUGCUAUUAUCCUGGCAAGGAAUUAUCGCUAGACGAGAGCAUGGUGCUAUGGCGAGGCCGUCUCAGCUUCAAACAGUAUAUAAAAAACAAACGCCAUAAAUAUGGAAUCAAGUUAUACAAGCUCACUGAACCCGAUGGAUUGAUCCUAAAGUUUCGUGUAUAUGCUGGUGGUAAAGAUGCACAGAUUACUGGAAAAGGACACGUGGAGAAAGUUGUCAUGCAUCUUCUAGAAGAAAAACUGGGAAAUGGACAUGAAAUUUAUAUGGAUAAUUAUUACAACAGUUAUAUACUGGCAAAAAAGCUGCUCGAGAAAAAUACAUACUGUACCGGCACUUUACGUAAAGAUUUACGAGACAAUCCUAAAGAAGUGACGCAAAAGGUAUUGAAAAAGAGCGAAAACAUAUCAUUGUUUCGGGACGGAAUUCACAUAGGAAAAUGGAAAGAUAGGCGCCCGGUUACAUACAUAAUCAACCAAUACCGGUUACAUACAUAA